CGCGUGCGUCGUCGUUGUGUGUGCAUUUCAAAAGAGUUUGCCAAGCUACGGCGACGCGCCGCAUUAAAUGAAAAGUGCCAAAAGAAAUUCGUAAGCGUCGUACGCGUUUUCUUGUAUAUGUAUUUUAAAAAUAUACACACGUUGACAUUGGGCCAAAAAUUAUGUCGGCCUGCUAAAAUGAUUCGGCGUGUGGCAGUGAAACACAGUGUGUGCGUGCCCCAAAAUGCAUAAAUAAAUUGCCAACAAAAUCAAUUGCUGCAUACAAAUUCUCGGUGAAUUGUUAAUAUUGUGCAAAAAUAAAAGCUAACCACGAGCAAAUCUUGUGUUCUAAAUAAACCAAACAAUGCGCUUGCAACCUAAACCUGCACCAACAACAGCAACAACAUUAAAAUGUCACUACUCAACAACAACAACAACGCUCUAAAGAGCAAGAAUCUACAACAACAAAAUCAUGUGAAGCUGGCAGCACUAGCUCCAGUGCUGCCCAUCAUCAACGAGAUGGUGCUGGAGCCGGAAGAUCCGGAUGAUUAUCAGCACAAUUUUGCCGCUGGCCUUGAGCCCGAGCUGGACUUGCUGAACAGCACUUCAAAGCUGGCAAACAGCGCCAGCAACAGCUCCCUCUCCUCCAACUGCAGCUCCAUGUGGACGACCACGUCGACGGAGUCGGAAAUGACAAUCAGCAAGCAGCCGUCGAAUACGAGCAAGCACUUUGAGAACACGUACAAGCUGCUGGGCAAGCAGCUGGAGAUCAAUUGCCAGCGCACCGCGGACAAGCUGCAGCAGCUGGACCCACAGCUCGAUAGCCUGGACAGUCUGAGCGGCUCCUGCGCCUCGAUGUCCGCCAUUGUCCAUGGCACGGAGCCGGCGCCCACACGCCUCGAGCUCGAAUUGGAGGCCGUCGAGCGCAUGCGCAUCAUUGUCCAGCAAAUGAAGAGCACACCCAAGGAGGCGACAGCGAACGCUUCCGCGCCGCUGCUGGCGCUGCUGCACGACUUUGCCGCCAAGGGUCAGCCCCAGGCCAAGGACGCCAGCACACCGGGCACGCCAGUUCCGAGUCCCAUAACGGGCGCCCUGCCCGCGGAUGGGCCCAACUUUGAGCUGCCAACGGAGCUGCUGCAAACGGCCAGCUCCUGGGAGCUCAUGUACUACGCCUCCAAGAAUGUCGAUGGCCAGAAUUGUCUGAAAGUUGUGCGCAGUCUGUUGACCAACAAAGUUCUAUGUGGUAACCGUGUUAGCCAGAUGACUCGCGCCUACGAUGAUAUUGAAGCCGUGACGCGUCUGUUAGAAGAGAAGGAGAAGGAUUUGGAGCUGACGGUGCAAAUUGGAAAGGAGCUGCUCACGCAAAAUAAUGCAUUGGAGGCGCGUGUUACGGAUCUGGAGACAGAUCUAAAGUCCGCCAACGAUGAUCGCGCCCAGCUGCUGCACGAGCUGCACAAGAAGAAUGAACUGAUUUCGGUGCUAACAAACGACGCGGACGAUGGAACCGAUGCGGACACGCCUACCAUGUCCAAAUCAAUAACCCUGGACCUGCUGCAGAAGAAGGUUAACUCCUUGCUGGAUGAGAAUAAGACACUUAAGAGCGAGGCUACGCAGCUGGCGCACCAGACAGAUGAGGUGGAGGAGCACGAGCGACGGCUGAUGGCGGAUAUAAGUGCCCAGCUGAACGAUGCCAAUUCGCAGUAUGACAAUAUCAGUCUGGAGCUGGAGCGACAGCGCGAGGAGAACCGAUUGCAGCACGAACAGAUUGUCAGCCUGACGGCUCGCCUGGCGGAGGCGGAGAUGCGUCUGCAUCAGUUGACCCAGGACAACGACGAGCAUCUGUCGCUGCUGCAUGUUACCAAGGAGAAUCAAAAUGCGCUCGCCCUCGAGCUGGUCGAGUUCAAACAGCGCUAUGAAGAGGUGCUUGCGCUGCUGCACUCUGCCCAGGAUCAGCUGAAGCAGCAACGUAAGCGCUCGCAACCGCAGGCCCGCAGCUCGUUCCUGGGCGGCCUGGGCACGAACGGUGCCGCGGCUGCUGUCGCUGUCGAGUCACUGCAGUCGGAACUGAUGGAGUCGUCGCUGUACUCGGAGAACAGCCUUGACUCCGGCAUAUCGGGUGAUAGCCAGCGCUGUGCGGACCGCAUUGGUCGCAUGAUGUCGCAGCUGCCCGGUGGCAUGGCGGCCAGUCUUGGCUCGAGCAGCAUAUACGGCCCGCCGCCAUACCAGCGGGCCUUCGACACGGUGCGCUGCGCCAGCAAGAGCGGCAACUACCUGGACAGCGGUAAUGUGUCCAUGACUCAGUUGGGCGCCAUGUCCAUGAGCAGUGCCUCCGGGCCGCGCAUGGCCUCAAUGGCCUACCCGGCGGGCUCCUAUUAUCGCGGUGCUAGCGGCGGCAGCAGCAACUCGCUGGGCCUGAAGACGCUCUCAAGUGAAAGCCUUAACUCGCAGUCGGACGACGGAUAUCCGGCGCAGCCAUCAGGUGUGCCUGGCGCCCCCGGUGCCAAGGAGCUGGAGGCGGCUCUCAAGCGUCUCACGCCCGCCGAGGUGUUGGCUCGUCGUGCUAUGCUCUCAUAUGCGCCAGCCGGCACUUACAAUUACGAUGAGCCCGCACACGGACGAAGCGGAGUUGCGGCGGGCGGCCAAGCCGCUGGCCUAACAUUGCCCAUGGGUGUACGCACGCCGGACAGCAUCAUGUCCACGGGUUCGGGUUCGUCUGGCCUAACGACGCAUCAGUGGCGUCUGCCAGAGAAACUGCAGAUUGUCAAACCCAUGGAGGGCUCACAGACGUUGCAUCAUUGGUCGCGUCUGGCCACGCCCACGCUCAGUGGUCUGCUGGAGGAGCGACCGGGCGUGACCAUACGCGGCGGGCGUGGUCUCGACGAUCUGGGCAUGCAGGUGUACACGCUAUCCGACGUGGAGGAGGACGUCAGCGAUGAACUGGGCCUGGGCAAGCAGUUUGAGGCGCCUGGCUGCACCUACACGUACACGAACAGCAUGGUCAUGCAUCCGGAUGAUGGUUUCGUCAACGACCUGUCCUUCCUUUCCCAGUCGCAGAUGUCCUCGCGCAUGGCCUCCACAUCGACAUCCAGACAGCCAAGUUGUCCGGCUACGCCACGCGCCGGGAUGUCGCGCAAGAACUCCUGCUCCACGUUUUCGGUCAACUUGGGCCUGGCUGGCAUGUUGAAUGAACGCGGCAUUAAGGCGGUCACGCCCAGCGCACUUAAUACGCCCGCCGGGCCGAACUUUUCGCCGACCGUGACACCCUGCAACAGUCCGGAGGGUUCGCCGCCGCGUGCCCAGUCGCCGGAGCCGUUGUUCGGACUCUUGUCCUCGGGCGCAGAUUUGAUAAAACGCAAAUUGGUGGGCCCCAGUGAUCUGCAGCUGCAGCGCAGUCUGAGCAAACAGCAGCACCAGCAGAAGGUGAUGUUGUCGCACCUGGAGCGUCGGGCUCUGCGUUCGCUCAAUCUGAUCGAGAAAGUGGAGAGCAUCGGCCUGGAGAACAUUAUCAGCGCACAACGCGGUCUAGGCACGGGCAUCGCCAAUCGCAGCAGCUCCCCGCUAUCGCAACUGAGCAGCAGCAGCAGCAGCGUCGCCGGCGACAGCCUCCAGAGUUUGCACACCAGCAGCAACAGCAUCGUCGACGACAUCCACUUUGAUCGCGCACAAAUUAAGGGCGUGCUGCAUCGCGGCCUGAAAUCGCCGACGCCGGCAGCCACAACGACGGCCACAAGCAUGGCCGCCAGCAGUGUCACCAGCAGCGCCUACAACAGCGAGGAUAGCGAUGAUCAGGGUAUUGUGCUGCAGCGGAAGUCCAAAACAAGCUCGGCGCCAACUGCGAAAAUGGCAAAUUCUGCUGCGUCGGUGGCGGCUGUGGAAGUCUCGGCAACUGCCAGCGAAACACGGCUGAAGCAAAUGCAGCGCCAAAAGUCGCGACGUAACCUUAAGAACGGCAUGGCCGCCCAGCGACCCGAUCUGGGCACCAUUGCGGGUAGCGGAACCUCCAGGCGCGUACGUCCAGAUCUUGGCAAGGUCUCGGACACCAGCAGCAGCGGAGCAGGCACAAGUGACGCCAAGAGCAGCGACAAUGAGUCAAAGACGGCUCCACAGAGCAUCACCCAGGCAUUUGUGGGUUCGGUUAGUUCCUUGUUGUUUGGCCGCAAGGGAGGCUGGCUGUAAACACAACAAACCACACACACACACACACACACACACACACACACACACACACACACACACACACACACACACACACACACACAGAUACAUUUAGACAUACUACAUAUACGUAUGCAAGCAAGCUCUUUAAAGCUAAACGCGCCUAAGCAUGAUUUCAUGAGGCAAGCGAAAUAAUUAUAGUUCGCAGCAAAACCACACGCAAAAAGGGUUUUAAGUUAGUCGCCGCCGCUGCCGCCAUUUUGUUGUUGACUGUCGACGUUAUGCAACACUGGCCACGUGGCCCGCUGUCUUAGUGUUUGUAGCUGUGAUUUGUAAAUACUUGUAGUAAAAUGUUUAAAUUUAGUAGUUUAUUAUUAAUUAAAUAUUCACUUGUUUUUGCUUGUGCAACGGCGGAAAAUUUGAACAGCAACAGAAGCAACAGAAACCCAGCAUAUCCUAAUAUGGUCGUCAGCAAGAUUAACUAUAUAUACUUAUAUAUAUAUAUAUAUUAUUUUUGCCAAUUUUGUAUUUAUUUUCAUGUAUGUGUUUAAUUACGAUGCGUAGAAUAUUAAUAUUUUAUUUUCUCGAUAAUUCUCUGUAUAAACUGAAGAGCGUGCGAUAAGCAAAUGUACAUAAGAAUAUUUAAUUGAAAGUGGACUCGCAAAAAGGUAUAUAUAUUUUUUUACACAUGUAUAUAUAUAGUUUACGUUUUUGCUUUCCACUUGCCGACUCUUACGUAUAUCACAAAAUCCAACACUGUCUUUUUACUGCUUACAUAUUCGGUGCUUUUUGUGCAGCCAUACAAAAAAAAGGGAUAGAAAAGUAUGUCCCAAUAUAAACAAUUUGUUUCUAGUCUUUACUUACGACUCUGUUCUCUCGUUUGGCUAUGCUCUAACAAUUUUCGAUGCAUAGCUUCUAAAUGCAGUGCACUAAACAGGGUGUAAUAAACAUUUACUUUAAUAUUCUAGUUUUACAUUUGAACAACUAAAUUUUGAGGUGAAUUAACAGCGCUGUUAGCUAACAUUCGGAACACAUGUUACUAGAUCACCUUUGGCUAACGGCGUCUGCGUUCUGUUAAUGGAGUUUCUAUCACAAAAAACAAUUGAGAAAAAAUUUGGUAUACUUUGUAUUAUAUUAUUACUUUUAUUUUGGAGACAUGCAUAUAUCACAAAUGAAGUUAUAAUAAAGAGCAACAUAUAUUGACGAAA